ACUCUCAGCACAGAUAUGAGCGCAGACCGCACACAACUUUGAGGAACAUCGAGAGCAGCGCGCGCUAGGAUUACUAUUUUCACUCAACUAACUGCAGAAGUCCUCCGGCGUUUGUAUUGCGAGUUCCCAACUUUCCUUUUCAUCCGUUCGGUUUGGCCAUGGGCUCUGCGGACAGAAAAGCGGUUUAUUGGCCCGUUUGGUCAUUUGCUCUGGUUUUUGUGCUUUUGAUUCAGCGUUGUCAUGGAGGUUGUUCCGAAAAGGAGCUGGAAAAGAGAGAAGAAGAAGCGAAUGUAGUUUUAACCGGGACUGUGGAGGAGAUCUUGAACAUGGAUCCGGUGCACAACACUUAUUCCUGCAAGGUCAGAGUAUGGCGCUACCUGAAAGGCAAGACCAUGGUAAAUGGAGAAGUGCUGCUGGAUGGAGGAAACAAAGUGAUGAUCGGUGGGUUUGGGGACCCCCAUAUUUGUGACAAUCAAGUGGCCACCGGAGAUACCCGCAUUUUCUUUGUCAACUUGGCUCCUGAGUACAUGUGGCCGAACCACAAGAACAAACUGAUGCUCAACUCAAGCCUGAUGAGGAUUACUCUCCGCAACUUGGAGGAGGUAGAGCACUGCGUUGAAGGUAAA